UAUAAUAAGAACGUACGUGUAAUGCGGCAAUUUGAACAUCUAGUGCAAAAGCGUAAAUAGUAAUACACGCAAUCAGGCAGAAAAUUAAAAUAGUUUUUUAAACAAAAUGAAAGGCUUGGAGGAAGUUAUUUCCGUGAAAAAGAAAAUAGAAAAAAUAUUAGAAGACGCAGCUCUUCUAGAAGCUGAAGCCCCAGAAAUGAUUCGAACCCUGUCCAAGCUAACCCUGGAUAUAGAUAUUCUUCGGAAAUCUAAGAUUGGAUUCACUCUCGACAAAUUGAGGAAAUCCACGAAAGAUGAAUCGAUCAAGAAAUCUGCCAAAGACUUGUUAAAAUCUUGGAAGAAAAUGGAAUCUGUUAACGACAAAGAUGAUAAUUCAAAGAAAGAAAAGAAGAAGGAAAGUAGUUCAAGUGUAUCGGGUCAAUCUAACCCUGGGUUCGAGAUAUCUGCACCCCUUCCUACAAGACACAAGAACGGAUAUCUUGUAUUUCCGGACCAAGAUGAUUUCAAACCUAACUUAACUCCUAAAGAAGUUCUGCAAGCCGGAAGUUUCGGAGGAACCUACUUCAGACCAAUAUACUCAAGCGUCACAAAGCAGAAGUACGGAAAAGAAGUUUGGGAGGAACUCCCUAAGGAUUGGUUAGAAGGACUCAAUAUUAGAACUCAAGUCUCGAGUUCCAUCUAUGACGAAUCUAAGAACAAGUACAAAGUAAAGUGUGGAGCAAGCCUAGAGGAAUGGGAGAGCUCCGGGUGGAUGCGAGAACAGGAUCCGUAUGGCUGGUUCCAAUGGUACUGCAGGUUCUAUCAGGGUAGGAGAACAGAAGAUGAUGAAAGACAGAUCAGCAGGUGGAAGAAGUGUGCGGGAGAAAAGGGAAGAUGGAAGAAUAACCUGAUCUCGAAGAUUGCCAAAGCGGGAGUUGCGUUUGAUAACUACGGUGUAUCUCCUGUGGUUCGUCAGACCCUUCAACACUGGGCGUAUUGUCUUACAAAGCCUGAUUAUGAGAAGAAUGCUAAACGCUUCAAGUAGCGCCUCAUGCUCAACUCUAACUUACUACACUAUUGUUAAGACCAGUUUUAAAGAUAUUUUUCAUAGAUAAACUUAUUAAUAUUAUGUAUGGUAUUAAAGUUAUUGUGUUUAAAGACUGAAUUAUAAUCUCAUGUAUUAACAGUAAAAUAAUUUCAGA